AUGAGUUUAACUUUCAAGCCUCAAAAUGUCAAAACAGCUGCAACAAAACGAAUUAUGCGAGAUUUGAGAGAUUUGGAUAGAAAUCCAAUACCUGGCAUUGGUGUUACCUGUCCAAACGAAUCCGAUCCAUUCGUUUUACAUUGUAAUAUAUUAAUCAACGAUGGGCCUUACAAAGAUAUUAUCGUCCAUUUAAUUCUCCAUAUUCCUGACAACUACCCGUUGACCGGUCCAGCCGGGAAUGUCGCACCGGGCUUAGAAUUCAAUUCUCGCUAUCAUGCACACAUACAUGACGAUCACAGCAACGGCCAUGCUUUGUGUAACGACUUGUUAACCAACUAUGCCGUACAUUUUCGUAUGGUUGAUGGAGGUGCUCAGAAACAAGGGAGUGGAUGGAGUCCGGGAUAUACUCUUUCUACUGUUCUUCUUCAACUCGUUACGUUUUUUGCGGAUCCGGACUUCCACUAUGCUACUAUUUCACCUGAAAGUAUUGCCGCACUAAAACGUACGGUAGAAGCUUUUCAAUGUGCAACAUGUGGUCAUACAUAUGCACAACCCAAUCCUGCUAUUGUUGAUUAUAAUUCAGCAGAAAAAGUUGGUCAAGAUCAACAAUCAAAUAAAAACAAUCAGGAAGAAAUGCAAAAUCUAGCGGAAUUAAUGGAAAAACUGACAUGUGGUGUUACUAAACAAAAUCUUUUCGACGACAAAAUUUGUUUAGGCUAUCCGUUGCUCAUCAAACGUGAUUCAUAUGGUCGUCUUUGGUCAGAUGUCGUAUUGGAAUUGAUUUCGUACGAUGCCUACGUCGCCGAGAUCCAAAAAUCAGGCGGACAUAAGUUGGAUUUCUAUGAACGUUCGAGAUUUCGUUCUGUUACCGGCAAAGAUUACAAUCAUUGGCUACCGAUUUACAUCAAUGAUGAACAUUUUCGACAGAGUCGGACCUUGAUUGAAAACAGUCUCAGUAUCAUUCAAACGGGAACUGCUUGUGGAAGUAAAACAAACGAUUUCAAACCAAUCAUGGCACUGAAUGUUCUGACAUCAUUGAUGAAUAAAUCUGGUGUGCAACUAUUCAAUGGACAAAUGUUCGAAUCUAAGCAUGCUAUUGAAGCAUAUUGUCAUUUUUUGCGUUUACUAAUGCACUUCAUUGAUAUUUAUCCUGAAUUAAGUCAACAAAUUGACAAUCGAAUCGAACAAUUCACCAAAGAUCUAGCGAAUCGAAAUAAGAGAGUGAUACCGGAUAUCGGUGAAUUUCUUAUUCAAGUCGCUCUUUCACAAAAAUAUCAAUUUGAACAAAUUCGAACAUACAUUUACGAAGAAUACUUCGCUCGACAGAUCUUUUGGAUUCAAAAAAAUGGUCGUAUACCGGAUUUGCGCCAAAUGGAAACCGAAGAUCUAUUCACAGUCUUCGAAGCUUCGAAAGUAUCGAAUCAUUUGCUAGUCUUCAAUCUACAAAUGGCACAAACAUUCAUUGUGCCUGAUGUAAAACGACGUUUGGAUCGACGUUAUGGUUAUCCACCAGACACGAUCGUCGAAAAUUUCCAGCAGAAGCUUAAAGCAAUUAAAACAUUGGAUCGAUACAGCGAAUUUGUCAAAGCAAUCAGAAUGGAUGAUACGAUAAAAACACCGAAAGAUGUGAUUAACUUAAUCGAACGUUCAGUUGAAAUCUCAGAUAAACAAGGGUAUACAAAACCUUUAUCAACAGUUGUUCUACAAGAUCCACCACCCAUUAAUGAACGACCGCGAUACAACCCGCAACAACGAUAUUAUCGUCCGACGCAAAGAAGAUAA